AUGUCGAGGUGCCUGCUAAAGGGAGAUGCCCGGUAUCUAACAGCUCUGCUGGCGUUGCUGGGAAUUAUCUCCCUCUGCCUGGUGCUGGCUCCAGUGAAGGACAUUUUCCUUCCUCCGAGGACUAAUUAUGGCCUGGUGUUUGAUGCCGGCUCCACACACACAUUGCUCUACAUCUACCAGUGGCCAGCAGACAAGGAGAACGGCACAGGCAUCGUCAGCCAGGUGGAGACCUGCACUGUCCACGGACCUGGCAUCUCCAGCUAUGCAGACAGCCCUGCUCUGGCUGGAGCCAGCCUGAAGCCCUGCCUAGACAAGGCCAUGACGAUUGUCCCAGCAAAGCUGCAGAAGGAGACCCCCACGUACCUUGGGGCCACAGCGGGCAUGAGGCUGCUGAGGGAGCAGAACAGCACCAAAGCGGAGCAGGUCUUUGCCGAGGUCGCCAAGGCUAUUCGCCAGUACCCCGUGGACUUCCGUGGAGCCCAGAUCCUCACAGGGGAUGAGGAGGGCACCUUUGGCUGGAUCACUGUCAACUACCUGCUGGAGACACUCGUCAAGGGUGCCGCGGGGGAGAAAGGGAGAACUCUGCUGCUGUGGGCAGGUUCGAGCCACGCAAAGGAUGUAUCCCACUACGCGCAAGUCCUCUUGGGCUCCAGGUCCUGCUUUUUGGGUGGUCUCAGCAUGGGGUGGGCUGUGGAGGAAGGGUCUGGCUGCCACCCCCAGCCAAGCGCCACUAACAGCUCCUGCCCCCUCCAGGGCAGCUCUUCUCCCCAGCAGGUAUCGCACCCCUGCUACCCAAAGGGAUACCAGGAGAACGUCACCGCUGCAGCCCUCUACGACAGCCCGUGUGUCCCCACGCCGAGCACAGCCAGCCCUGCACAGGUCUUCACGGUGACGGGGACAGGAGACCCAGCAGCGUGCAAGACAGCCAUCGAGAAACUCUUCAACUUCAGCUGUGGGGCCCACAGGACGUGUGGGUUCAACGGCAUUUAUCAGCCCCCUGUGCAGGGGCAGUUCUUCGCCUUUUCUGGGUUUUAUUACAACCUACACUUUCUGAACUUGACCAGUGGGCAGUCCUUGAUGUCAGUCAAUGCCACCAUCUGGGUCUUCUGUGCCAAAGACUGGGAGGAGGUGCAGAAGGAUUUCCCUUAUGUGGACAAGGCCUAUCUCCGUAAUUACUGUGCAGCCAGCUCCUAUGUUCUCACUCUCCUGCUGCAAGGCUACAAAUUCAAUGGCAAGACAUGGCCCAACAUUCACUUCAUCCAAAAGGUCACUAACACAGAUGUGGGUUGGACCCUGGGCUACAUGCUCAAUCUCACCAACAUGAUUCCCUUGGAGACUCCUCAGCGAGGCAUAGCGCUCCAAAGAAACAUCUGGAUAGCAGCCACAGUUGUACUAUUUAUCAUGCUAUUCCUCUGCUUCUGGCUGUUCAUGGCCAUAUGUCACCAGAGAAAAUUAGCCAGUUACGAGACCUUCUAGUAAUGCCAGCCCCAGAAGCUGUCAAAGCUCCUUGGU